AUUAUAUUCAAGACUUACGAAAUAGUUUUGCAUUCUAUGAAAAAUUGGGUAAAGAAAAAUCUGGUGUAGAUCAAUACAAAAUUGAACGAAAAAGAAAAAGGAAAAUGCCUUAUGGAGAGUCAAAUCAAAAUAAUUCAACAUUUCAACAAAGCGACUCAUUUAGAGUAAAUACUUUUACAGUUAUAUUAGAUUCAUUACUUACAGAGCUAAACAAAAGAAAGAGUGCUUAUGAUAAAGUUAAUAUAAAAUUUGGUUUUUUAUUUAAUCUUACUAAGUUGCCACUAUCCAAGGUAAGAGAACAAGCGAUACAACUACAAUUAGAAUAUCCAGAAGACCUAGGUUCAUCAUUCUCUAAUGAAUGUAUUCAUUUUCGUAGUCAUUUAUUUGGAUUAGAAGAUAAUAAUUUGCCAUUAACUGUUUUAGAUUUGUACAAAAUAUUUAAAGAUCCUAAUAUUUCUAGUUUGUAUCCAUACAUUGAAAUAGCAUUACGAAUGUAUUUAUGCAGUCCGGUAUCAAAUUGUUCAGCAGAACGAUCCUUUAGUGCACUAAAAAGAAUAAAAUCCUACUUAAGAUCAACUAUUGAUAAUGACAGACUUAAUUCAUUGGCUAUACUGAGUAUAGAAUCAGAAAUUACCAGUUCUCUUAAAUAUAAAAAAGUAAUUGAAGAAUUUUCUUUACAAAAGGCCCAUCGUAAAAUCUAAAUAUGUAAUCAUAAUUUAAUAUUUUGUUUA